AUGGGGGAACCCGAGGAGGUGGUGCCGGAUUCGGGUGCUGUGUUUACGUUUGGGAAAACUACAUUUGCUGAAAAUAUUCCCAGCAAAUUCUGGUUUAAAAAUGAUAUACCUGUAUAUCUUUCAUGUGGAGAUGAACAUACUGCUGUUAUUACAGGAAAUAAUAAGCUUUUCAUGUUUGGCAGUAACAACUGGGGUCAGUUAGGAUUAGGAUCAAAAUCGACUGUUAACAAGCCAACGUGUGUCAAAGCUUUAAAACUGGAAAAAGUGAAAUUUGCUGCCUGUGGAAGGAACCACACCCUAGUUUCAACAGAAGGAGGCAAAGUAUAUGCCACUGGAGGAAAUACUGACGGACAGCUGGGACUUGGUGAUACUGAAGAGAGAAACACUUUUCAUCUAAUUAGUUUUUUUACAUCCCAGCAUAAGAUUAAGCAACUCUCUGCUGGGUUUAACACUUCAGCUGCGCUGACUGAGGAUGGAAAGCUUUUCAUGUGGGGUGACAAUUCUGAGGGACAAAUUGGUUUACAAAAUAUACCUAGUAUAUGUGUCCCUCAUCAAGUGACCAUUGGAAAACCUAUCUCCUGGAUCUCUUGUGGAUAUUACCAUUCAGCUUUUGUAACAACGGAGGGAGAACUGUACACCUUUGGAGAACCUGAGUGUGGGAAGUUAGGUCUUCCCAAAAAGCUGCUGCUGAAUCACAGAGUGCCCCAGCUGGUGCCUGGAAUUCCUCAGAAGGUGAUCCAAGUAGCUUGUGGUGGAGGGCACACAGUUGCGCUCACAGAGAACGCUGUGUACACCUUUGGGCUGGGACAGUUUGGUCAACUGGGUCUUGGCACUUUUAUUCUUGAAAUUUCAGAACCCAAAGCCAUUGAGAAUAUUAAGGAUCAGAAAAUAAGUUAUGUUUGCUGUGGAGAAAACCACACAGCUUUGAUAACAGAUUUAGGCCUUAUGUAUACUUUUGGAGACGAUCGACAUGGAAAAUUAGGACUUGGACUGGAGAGUUUUGCCAAUCAGUUCGUUCCUACUUUCUGUUCUAAUUUUUUGAAGUUUAUAGUACAGUUGGUUGCUUGCGGUGGAUGUCACAUGCUAGUUUUUGCCAGUCCACGACUUGAUGUGGCAGAAGACGUUGAGUUAGAUGAAAUAAAUGAUUGUUGCUUACCUUCAGCUACAUCUCUGCCCAUCAGUGAUCUGACUUCAGGAAAAGUACUGCAGAGAUCUUUAUCAGCACGUGUGCGGCGAAGAGAGAGGGAGAAAUUUCCAGACUCUAUUCAAAUGGCAGGAACACUACCUCCAAUUGCAGGGACUCUCGUACCACCUGUUUGUUUUCCACCUCGUUCAGUUCCUUUCUGUAUGUCUACAACUAAUCUGCUAGAGAAAAUGAUGCCUGAUAAAGAGGGCCCUAUGCCGCCAGUGGAACCAGAUUUUUUUCAACAUAAAAUAACCAAAGGGAAAGACACAGACAAUUUUUCAGCAGAGGAUUCAGAAAGCCUUGGAGAAAGUACUGAUGUCUUAACUAUGACACAUAUGAUGAGCCUGAAUUCCAAUGAAAAAUCAUUAAAAUUAUCGCCCAUUCAAAAACAAAAGGUUUCUGGAAAGAACACAAGAAAGAAACAAGAAACAAUUGAAAAACUGAAGCAGCAUACAGCUCAUACUGAAAAUGAUGGUAGUAAUGAAUAUGAAAGUGAAGAGAUGUCCAAAAAGAUGAAAGAAGGGAAAGCAUAUAAACAACUUUUGGCAAAAGGAAUGUACAUGAUGCAAGCAGCUGUGACUAUGGAAGCAUUUUCAGAUGAGGACGUAUGUAAUGACUCGGGCCAGCAAAGGCCUCAGGCCAACACCAGUGCAGAGAGUUUGCAAAAAGGGAUAUUUAGACAUGAAAAUAAGCAUGGUGUCUAUCCACUUAAUAGUAAGGAAAUAGAAAAGGAAAGUGAUGAAGGACAAAAUCAGAAGGAUUCAGAAGUGGAAGAAAUAGUCUCUGAGAAGGAAACUGGCCUGGUGAAAAUGAUAGGUCUGAAUGAUAUAGGAAAAAGUGAAGAGAGUAGAAAAAAUAUUGAUACAUUCCUUGACGACUUACCAAAUAGAGACAUGAAUAUUGAGGAUGAAGAAAAUAAAAACUUUGUUAAGGAAAGUAAAAGUAACAAACAAGAUAUGAUCUUUGACAGUGAAAGAGAAUUUAUAGAGGAGCCAGACAGUUACUUGGAAGGUGAACAUGAAAGUCAGCAGGGUACUGCUGUUGGAUUCAAGCAGCCUGAGUCAAUAGAAUUUAGCAGUGGAGAGAAAGAGGAUGAAGUGGAAACUGACCAAAACUUGCGGUAUAGCAGAAAAUUUAUUGAACAAGGACAUGAGGAAGAGAUCGAACACAGAAUGUCCAAAUACAUGGCAGAAUAUGGUUUUAAGGGUGACCACAUAUCAGACAUCCAUAAGGAGCAGGAAGGAGAAGAUAAUUCAGAAGGAAGUGGAAUAGAGGAGCAAGAGAUAGAGAUAAAUGAGGAGGUGCCUGGAGAAAAAGAGGAGGAGGAAGCAAAGCUCCUGUCAGAUGACCUUACAGACAGAGCAGAAGUGAGUGAAGGUGAGGGAAAGCCAAGGGGAGAGGCAGAGCACAUGCCUGAAGGUGGAGGUGAGGGAAUCGGGAAGGAGGGUAAUUCAGUAAUGGAACAGAGAAGUGAAACAGGAAGUGAGGAGGGGGAGGAGGAGAAAGACAAGGGAGGAGGAGAAAUGGAGAGCCUGGGUAAGGGAGAGAAAGACCUGAAAGAGGAGGAGGAACAGGAGCAAAAGGAGAGGGAACAGGGCCAUCAGGAGGAAAGAAACAAAGGGCUGGAGGAAGGGGAAGAGAGCGAGCAAACAGGGGGGGAAGGAGAGGAGGAGGAAGGUAAGGAGGAAGAGGGGGGAGAAGAGAAAGAAGGAGAGGAGAAGAGAGAAGGGAAAGAGGAAGAGAAAGGAGAGGGGGAGGAAGAGCAGGAGGGGGAGGGGGAGGAAGUAGAAGAGGGAGAGGGGCAGGAAGGAGAAGAGGAAGGGCAGGAAGAAGAGGGGGGAGAGGAGGAGGGAGAGAGAGGAGAGGAGGAGGGAGAUGAGGAACAGGAGGGAGAAGGGGGAGUGGAGGAAGGAGGAGAUGAAGGAGAGGAGGAAGGAGAAGAAGAGGAGGAAGGAGACAAGGAAGGAGAGGGGGAAAGAGAGUGGGAGGAGGAAGGAGGAGAGGGGGAAGGAGAGGAGGAGGAGGGAGAGGGGGAAGGAGAGGAGGAGGAGGGAGAGGGGGAAGGAGAAGAAGGGGAAGAGGAGGAAGGAGAGGAGAAGGGAGAGGGGGAAGGAGAAGAAGGGGAGGAGGACGAAGGAGAGGAGGAGGAGGGAGAGGGGGAAGGAGAAGAAGGGGGGGAGGAGGGAGAGGGGGAAGGAGAAGAAGGGGAGGAGGACGAAGGAGAGGAGGAGGGGGAGGGGCAGGAAGCAGAUGGGGAGGGAGAAGAGGAGGGGGAAGAAGGAGAAGAGGAAGAAGGAGAGGGGGAGGAGGAAGGAAGAGAGGAGGAGGGAGAGGGAGAGGAGGAAGGAAGAGAGGAGGAGGGAGAGGGGGAAGGAGAGGGAGAGGAUGAGGGGGAGGGGCAGGAAACAGAGGGGGAGGGAGAAGAGGAGGGGGAAGAAGGAGGAGAAGAGGAAGAAGAAGAGUGGGAGGAGGGGGAAGGCAAGGAAAGGGAAAAGAAGGAGGGGGCAGUGAGAGAGAGGAAAGAAGAAGAAAACAGCAGGAGAGAAGGGGAGAAGGAAGAAGAGGAGGACGAUGAGGAAGAGGAGGGAAAGUACCAGGAGAGAGGCAAUGAAGAAAGUGGAAAACAGGGAAGACAGAGUGGAGGAAGAGAAUCCAGCAAAGUGAGCAAGAUGAGAGGAUCUGUGAAAUAUGACAAAGAUAAAACAUAUCCAAAAAAGUUUAUUACUAACAGGGAAGGAAAGGGGAAAGAGCCUGAAGUACAGAGGUUCAAAAUACCAGUGCAGUCAAAACAAGUCUUAGAAAAUGGACCACCAGGUUCCAAAACAUUUUGGAAUAAUGUAUUACCACAUUAUUUGGAAUUGAAGUAACACACUUUAAAUUUGACCUGAUUAUGUCCAGCCAAACAACUUGAACACAUUAUGAAGAAUAGGCACUCAUUCUGUUAUAUUGAUUUUAUGUCAUGGUUACCUUACCUGUGGUACAACAGAAACUGAUAAAGAUAACUUGAGGCACUAGUAAAUUUUGGCUUCUCUUAAACUAAUAU